AUGAAGCCGGACAUAAAAGAUCGCGAGUAUAUGUACCGAUUGAUUAUUGGUCAACUAUUUUACGAUGGACAUCAACAGAUAGCUGUGAACCUGGCCAACACUCUGGGAUGUUCUGCACCACCACCUCCGCCUUCCGAUAAGCUUUUUCGAUUGGUGACCAUUGCCAAGCAGUUUGUAGAGGAUCCAGACUACAAAGCAGAGGAGAACACUAUGCCGAUGCAAUUCGAAACUUCUUCUGCCGGUCUGGACCUUCAAUACGACGCAGACGUCGCCGCAACCUCUCCAGAGCCCUCUCAAUACGAGACAAUCUACUUGACAGUCCAUAAAGCGCCAUGUAGAGCCGCCGCGUUCAAUUCCGAUGGAUCUUUAAUAGCUACGGGAUCCGCCGAUUGCUCUAUCAAGAUAAUGGACGUUGAGAGAAUUUUGGCGAGGGAGAAGGAGCACAGAGAGAUGAAUGAGAACGGACCGGACGCCCAUCAUCCAGUGAUACGGACUCUGUAUGAUCAUGUUGAUGUAAGGAGGGAUUUUGGAAGAUUUUCUGACAAAAUAUUGGAUUUUCAGGACGUUAAUACAGUGAUUUUCCAUCCAAGAGAUGCCAUUUUAAUUUCUGGAUCGAAUGAUAAAACAGUGAAAUUGUUCGAUUUUUCAAAGACAGCUGUGAAAAGAGCUAUGAAGACGUUAUCGGAGGUUUACCCUGUCCGUGCUCUCUCGUGCCACCCUGGCGGUGAAUUCCUUCUCGUCGCCACCGAUCACCCGACCGUCCGUCUCUACAACAUCGAAACCGCUCAAGCCUACGCGUCCGCCAAUCCCGAUGACCAGCACCGCGAAUCGGUCACCGACGUUCACUAUUCCGAAAACGCUCGUCUCUACGUAACAGCUUCAAAGGAUGGAGACGUCAAGGUGUGGGAUGGUGUGUCGAGUAGAUGUGUGGAGACAUUCAAACGGGCACACGAUGGCUCAUCGAUUUGCUCGGCGAAGUUUACCAAGAAUGGAAAAUAUAUUCUGACUAGUGGAAUGGAUAGUAUUGUGAAGCUGUGGGAAUUGAGUACCAAUCGCUGUCUGAUUGUGUACACUGGAGCAGGAGCAACUGGAGCACAAGACUAUCCGACUAGCGCGUCAUUCAAUCAGAAUGAAGAUUUCGUCCUCUUCCCGGACGAGAAAAGUGGCAGCAUGUGUUCCUGGGAAGCUCGCAACGCCGAUCGUAAACGUCUUCUAGCCCUGGGCCACACCUCAGCCUGCCGAACCUUCGUUCAUUCCCCCUCAAUGCCCGCUUUUAUGACUGGAAGUGACGAUCAUCGUGCGAGAUUCUGGUAUCGGAAACCGACUACAAAUGAUAAUUAA